CGCCGCCUUCUCUACCAACUGGGAAUGCUCAAACGAGACUGAUGGACGCGUCCGAACUCUGCAUCCCGGACCCCCUCGGCUACCACAACCAGCUGCUGAACAGAAUGUCCGCAGAGGACCGGCACCUGGGCUCCAGCUGCGGCUCCUUCAUCAGGACCGAGCCGUCCAGCCCGUCUUCGGGCAUUGACGCCCUCAGCCACCACAGCCCCAGUGGUUCGUCUGACGCCAGCGGCGGCUUCGGCCUGGCCUUGGGCAGCCACGCCAACGGGCUGGACUCGCCGCCCAUGUUCGCAGGCGCCGGGCUGGGAGGCACCCCGUGUCGCAAAAGCUACGAGGACUGUGCCAGCGGCAUCAUGGAGGACUCGGCCAUCAAGUGCGAGUACAUGCUCAACGCCAUCCCCAAGCGCCUGUGCCUCGUGUGCGGGGACAUUGCCUCCGGCUACCACUACGGUGUGGCCUCCUGCGAGGCCUGCAAGGCCUUCUUCAAGAGGACCAUCCAAGGAAACAUCGAGUACAGCUGCCCAGCCACCAACGAGUGUGAGAUCACGAAACGGAGGCGCAAGUCCUGCCAGGCUUGUCGCUUCAUGAAAUGCCUCAAAGUGGGGAUGCUGAAGGAAGGUGUGCGCCUCGACCGAGUACGCGGAGGCCGCCAGAAAUACAAGCGACGGCUGGACUCGGAGAGCAGCCCGUAUCUGAGCUUACAAAUCUCUCCACCCGCUAAAAAGCCAUUGACCAAGAUCGUCUCAUACCUGCUGGUAGCCGAGCCAGACAAGCUCUAUGCCAUGCCUCCCCCUGGCAUGCCUGAGGGAGACAUCAAGGCCCUCACCACUCUCUGUGACCUAGCAGACCGGGAGCUUGUGGUCAUCAUUGGCUGGGCCAAGCACAUCCCAGGCUUCUCAAACCUCUCGCUGGGGGACCAGAUGAGCCUGCUACAGAGCGCCUGGAUGGAGAUCCUCAUCCUGGGCAUCGUGUACCGCUCGCUGCCCUACGAUGACAAGCUGGUGUACGCCGAGGACUACAUCAUGGAUGAGGAGCACUCCCGCCUCGCUGGGCUGCUCGAGCUCUACCGGGCCAUCCUGCAGCUGGUGCGCAGGUACAAGAAGCUCAAGGUGGAGAAGGAGGAGUUCGUGACGCUCAAAGCCCUGGCCCUGGCCAACUCAGAUCCAGCUGUAACUCGGCUGUCUGCAGGUGCCUCCCUGCUCUGCUGGCAGUUAGAUUCCAUGUACAUCGAGGACCUGGAGGCUGUGCAGAAGCUGCAGGACCUGCUGCACGAGGCACUGCAGGACUAUGAGCUGAGCCAGCGCCACGAGGAGCCUCGGAGGACGGGCAAGCUGCUGCUGACGCUGCCCCUGCUGCGGCAGACGGCCGCCAAGGCCGUGCAACACUUCUACAGUGUCAAACUGCAGGGCAAGGUGCCCAUGCACAAACUCUUCCUGGAGAUGCUGGAGGCCAAGGUCUGAUGGGCAGGCACACGGACCAGUGCCACCCUCAGACAGACAGACAGACAGACAUGGAGACCUCCACAGCCACCAGCCUGGACCUUCAGCCCCCGUAUCAUGGCUCUGAGCUGUCCCGAGGAAUGGGUUUCCCACCCCUGGACAGUGUGUUCAG